GAACAAGUAUUUCUGCCAGCAGGAAAAUUUAUGCAAUAUUUCUCUACGGAAAUGCGCAGUACUUGGAACAUACAAACAUUCUCUGAAAAUGGCGAAUAGGGCGUUUUCUUCCACCUCAUGCAGCCUCAAAUAUGCAUCUGUGAUUUUACUUGUAGUUUUAAUUCUACAUAUAAUUGGAUUUUCUUUACCUAGAUGGGUUACUGUGGAGUUUAACAUAUCUGUAGAUGAGAAAGUAAGAACAGAGAAUGGCUAUCAUGCCGGUCUCUGGCAACACUGUGGCUGUGCUAGUGUGUUCUACUCUGGCGUAUGUCUGUGUUUCUCAAGAACAAAUGAUCCAGCAUGGUUCAAGAUGGUGCAAGUUGCUGAAACCCUCGGACUUAUUGGUUUAAUCAUCUCUAUGUUUUUGUCUCUGGCUCUGAUGUGCUACAAACAGAACAAGAAGUAUAAAAUCAUCAACCUGAUCAUUGUGCUCAUCUCAGGUGCACUGCUGUUGAUUGGAGUUAUCGUGUUUGGAAUUAAAACAAAGGAAAAUCUUAAAGAAUUGAGCAAUUAUUCGGACGCAGUCGAAUUCAAAGGAGGUUAUGGGGAGCUUAGUUAUGCUUUUGUUCUCUGUACCGUUGCUGGAUGCGUUUGCAUAGUCGUGUGUGCGCCUCUCUUCCUGCGAGACGUUUACACUAACACUUCAGAAACCUCUCAUGAUGCUUCUGUACAUUACACAGCUCAGUCCCCUCCGCAAGGUUAUGUGCAAGGCGGUCAGCAACCAGUUCAAAAUGUACCUACACACCUACAAGCGCAGUACGGGCCUCCGCCAGCAUAUGCACAAUAUUAUCAGCAGGAUAAUAGUGGAAUACCGUACAAGGCGUAGCCAGAUAGUAUUUAACAUUUAGCUUCAAUGUUUGCAUUCAGAUAGUAUUAAACAUUCAGCUUCGAUAAUUGCAUUCAGAUAGUAUUAAACAUUCAGCUUCAAUAAUUGCAUUCAGAUAGUAUUGAACAUUCAGCUUCAGUAUUUUUGCAUUUAUAAACUUUAAACAUGUAUCUUCCAUACAAAAAGAGCGAUGAAAAUGUUAGCAGCGCUGAAGUUUAGAAAAAGCUCAGUACGAGAUGUGUAUGGCAGUAUGCUGUGCAGAAUAAGGAAACAUAACCUUUCUCAUUAAUUUUUUUUCUUCAUAUUGAUAGAGAGGUGAAUAUCUAUGUAUAAAAGGUUUAUAGAUGGAACUCAUACCUUUCACUGUUUCAUUUGUUUUACCUAAAAUAUGAAAAAGCUUUAAAAUUUGAACUACAAGAGCGACUCCGCGGAAUAAAAGAAUAAUUUCCAAAUUUUAAAUUGAACGUUAACGUUGCUUUACAUGAUAAUAUUAUAAUGACAUAAACGUCUUAAGAGGUGCUUGUUAAAAACUGGCCGAUUGUGUUUAUCUGGGGGAAAUGUUUAUCAAGUCGAAACGUUUCCGGAAAACUUCUCGCUAUAUUAGUGUUUAAAUUUAAUACUAUUGUGAUCGAAUUUCGUAGCGAUCACGGCCUGGUGUGGCUGUGCGUACUUUCUGGUCAAAUACUUAUAGCAGGUUUUUUACCAGGAAGGUAUAUAGGAGACAACAUAAGGUUAAUCUAUGACAUAAUGUACUUUACAGAAAAAAAUAAUAUAACUGGCAUGCUUUUACUACUGGAUUUUGCUACUGCUUUUGACUCUCUGUCAUGGUCAUUCAUGUAUAAAACUCUUAAAUUAUUUAAUUUUGGUGAAUCUUAAUAAUUCUGAAUUUCUACUGUCACAAUAUGCAGAUGACACAACUGUACUAUUAGAUGGAAGUGAAGCAUCUCUCAGAAACACAAUGCUAACAUUAAACUCCUAUGCCAAAAUUUCUGGAUUAUGUAUUAAUGUAGAAAAAAACAAAAGCUGUUUGGAUAGGAGCAAUGAAAAAUAGUCAUUUAAGGUUAUGUACUGAUCUGGGUCUACAUUGGGAACAAGAACAAUUUAAAUUACUGGGUGUAACCUUUACACUAAAUCUGAAUAAUAUUGUUAUUGCAAACUACUAUUCAAAAAUAGAGGAAAUUAAAAACUUAUUAACACAAUGGUCUAAAAGAAUGAUCACACCAAUAGGCAAGAAUAUAGUUAUUAAGACGUUAGCUAUGUCAAAAUUGAAUCACCUAAUAUUAAGUUUACCAAACCCGAACAUAGAAAUAACUAAAUCAAUACAAAACCUAUUUUAUAAGUUUCUGUGGAAUUCUGGACCUGAUAAGAUAAAGAGAACAGUCAUAACACAAUCUUAUAAUUAUGGUGGCAUUAGACUGGUGAACUUAGAAACCUUUAUGACAUCUCUUAAAAUUACAUGGCUUAGAAGGUACCUCACCUAUAAUACUAAAUACUUUAACUUUAUCACACAGAUCCAUUUCUUAAUACAUUUCACAGUUUUGGUGCUGACUUUCUAAAAAACAAACUACAUAAUGUGAAAACCCCUUUUUGGAAAGAUGUUUUCCAGGAAUAUAUAAAACUCAGUAUGCAAUAUCCAAAAUCAUGGAAAGAUUUCUGUGUUUUACCAGUUUGGCAUAAUAGUAUGUUUAAAAUAGGAGGAGCAAGUUACUGUUUUUCGAGAUUCUUUAAAAAGGGAGUAAAAUUGGUGAAUGACUUCCUGGACAGAAAUGGAAAUCUGUUAUCGUUUAACAGUUUUAUAAAUAUAUAUAAUAUUCAAACUAACUUUCUUCAGUACCAAGGUAUAAUUGAAUCUAUUAGGGAAUUUUUAGAUAAAUUAAGAUUUCCUCAUUAUGCUGUCAAAGAGCAAAAUCCUUUGCAACCUUUACCAAUAAAAAUCAUUCAGAGUGCAAAUAAAGGUUGUAGGUGUAUUUAUGACUUUUUGUCAAGCUUUCAUAAGUUACCAGAUUCAAGUAGAAAAUGGAGAGACAAAUUAAAUUUAAAUGCUAAUUUCAACUGGAAAUUUAUAUACAAUUGUCCAUUUGCAAUAACAAAGGACCCAAAACUUCAGUGGUUUCAGUUCAAAAUAAAUCACAGAAUUAUUGGCACAAACUAUUUAUUAGAAAAAAAUGAGGAAAAGAAAUGAUAAUCUCUGUACUCUAUGUCACAAUCACUCAGAAACCAUAGAGCAUUUAUUUGCAGACUGCCAAAUUUCACUAACAUUUUGGGAAGAAGUUAAAAGAUGGAUAAAAAGAAAAUGUCCUAAUGCAGAUAUUGACUGGUCAAUAUCAGAUAUUUUAUUAGGUAAUUCAAAUUUCAGUGCAGCUACUCUAUUAUUAAUCUUGAUUGGAAAAUACACUAUUUAUCAAAGUAAAUUUGAGGCGGCGGUCCCUACCUUACAGAUGUUUAUUAAUAGUUUAAGAAUACAUUUAAAAACUGAGAAGUAUGUCGCUAAAAAGACCCAAAAUAUGAAUAGCUUUGAUAGAAAAUGGAAUAGUUUUAGGACUCUACUUGUAGAUGGUGAAGUAACACGUGGGUCUGGGGCUUCAUAGUGCCUGCGCCUGUUGUCGUUUUUGUUUUCUUUGUUCUGUUUUUAUUUCUCAGUAAAAAAUUUAACUUAGAUCUGAAUUACAUGCUAUCUAUGGAGCAUAUUAUUAGCUUUUCAUUAAUGGAUAUUUUUACUGACUCUUUUCCAUUCUGACCUUGUACUUUUUAAACUACAUUUUUUCCUUUUUUUCCAUAUAACUUGUUGAACAAGUUACUUUAGAGAAGAUAUGCAACUCUGCAAUCUCCACACAAAAGUAUCUGUUAGAGUUUCCUCCCCUAGAUCAAUACCUUGUUAAUGAUAAAGGCUAUAUACCAAUAAAAGAAAUUGUUCUUUGUUUCAUAUAAAAUUCAGCUACUUCAGACCAAUUUUGUUACAGUUUCUAGAUUUUCACUCCGUCGUAGACCUAUUUUCCACAAGAUAUCCAUACAUUUGCUUCAAGAAAACGAAAAGAAAAGGGGGUGUUGAAUAGUAUGCAGUGAAAUGCAAGUCAACUGAAGUCAGGUACCCUCAUAUUGCCGCAUUUCAGAAAGCGGUCCGCAGAAUAAACACCCUACUUUCGUUUUCAAGUAAACAACUCGAAAACGUGCGAGUAUUAGCAUGAAACGUGUCCUAUUUUAUGUAAAAUUCAUUCCACGAGUGAAAUAAUGCCCAUUUGGCCCCCGAUUUACGCGCAAAUGCGCGAAAAAUGGAAAAAUUAGGAUCUAUUUAUUAGGCACUUCUUUCGACUACACCACGGAAGCACAUUUUGGACCGAAUUACUGCAUUGUAACCUAAAAAACCUUGCGGUUAAACGUAAGCAAGGUAACUAUGUAUGCUAAUUAAGCCGCUAAUUUAUUGUGUGUAAUUGGAUUUCUGGAACCUACUGGUCAACUUGUCCUUGUCAUUUUCGUAUUCGUUUCCUUUUCUUUCGAGCAAGGAUACCAAAUUAUAAUACAGCUAUUAACGAUAUUAAUGUAAACCCAAACAUUGCAAGUUAAGUUUAUUUACUGAUUAGUUACUCAAACAGUAUUUGAAAAACUAUCUGAUCAUGUGCACGGUCUUUUCACUGUUAAUAUAUUACUAGUCUUUCUUUUUAGAAUAGUCUCCAUCCGGAACACAACAUGUAUUACUUGAUGAUAUUAAACAAUGUAUAUCAUUAUUUGCAUAGACAUGUACAUUUAUGCACUUUCAAACAAUUCUGGUUUAUGUAGGUGGAUUUAUUUCUCCAACUACGCUUGAUAUUAUAUAUGUUAAUAUCUCUUCUGGCAUACAAAAUCAAUUUUGUGAUGAAUGUAUGAUACUUUUGAUGUGGAAAAUGAAAUAAAUUAUAAAAAAAAUCA